CCCGGCCCAAGUGCGGGCGGUGGAAGGCGGAAGUGGGAGAGGAGUUGGGCGCCGCUUCUGUGGCUGCGGCAGUUUCAUGGUGAUGAUAUGGCAUCUGCCAGCUCCAGCCGGCCAGGAGUGGCCCUGCCUUUCGAGAAGUCUCAGCUUACUCUGAAAGUGGUGUCAGCAAAGCCCAAGGUACAUAAUCGUCAACCUCGAAUUAACUCCUACGUGGAGGUGGCGGUGGAUGGACUCCCCAGUGAGACCAAGAAGACUGGGAAGCGCAUUGGGAGCUCUGAGCUUCUCUGGAAUGAGAUCAUCAUUUUGAAUGUCACGGCCCAGAGUCAUUUAGAUUUGAAGGUCUGGAGCUGCCACACCUUGAGAAAUGAGCUGCUAGGCACCGCCUCUGUCAACCUCUCCAACAUACUGAAGAACAAUGGGGGCAAAAUGGAGAACACGCAGCUGACCUUGAACCUGCAGACGGAGAACAAAGGCAGCGUUGUCUCAGGCGGAGAGCUGACAAUUUUCCUGGACGGGCCAACUGUUGAUCUAGGAAGCGUGCCUAAUGGCAGUGCUGUGACAGACGGAUCACAGCCACCUUCGAGGGAGUCCAGUGGGACAGCUGUAGCUCCAGAGAACCGGCACCAGCCCCCCAGCACAAACUGCUUUGGUGGGAGAUCCCGGACGCACAGACAUUCAGGUGGUUCAGCCAGAACAACCACAGCAACCAGCGAGCAAAGCCCCGGUACUAGGAACCGUCACCGCCAGCCCAUCAAGAACCCAAGCCACAGUGGGUUGGCCAAUGGCACAGUGAAUGAUGAACCCACAGCAGCCACUGAUCCUGAAGAACCUUCUGCUGUAGGCGUGACAUCCCCACCUGCCGCAGCCUUGAGCGUGACCCCAAAUCCCAACACGACGUCUCUCCCUGCUCCGGCCACACCGGCUGAAGGAGAAGAACCCAGCACUUCAGGCACACAGCAGCUCCCGGCAGCAGCCCAGGCCCUCGAUGCUCUGCCUGCUGGAUGGGAACGGCGGGAGCUGCCCAAUGGACGUGUCUAUUAUGUGGACCACAAUACUAAGACCACCACCUGGGAGCGGCCUCUUCCUCCAGGAUGGGAAAAACGCACAGAUCCCCGGGGCAGGUUUUACUAUGUGGACCACAACACUCGGACCACCACCUGGCAGCGCCCGACGGCCGAGUAUGUGCGCAAUUAUGAGCAGUGGCAGUCACAGCGGAACCAGCUCCAGGGGGCCAUGCAGCACUUCAGCCAAAGAUUUCUCUACCAGUCUGCGAAUACUUCGACUGACCAUGAUCCCCUGGGCCCCCUCCCUUCUGGCUGGGAGAAGAGACAGGACAACGGACGGGUGUAUUACGUGAACCACAACACUCGCACCACUCAGUGGGAGGACCCUCGGACCCAAGGGAUGAUCCAGGAACCAGCUCUGCCCCCAGGCUGGGAGAUGAAAUACACCAGCGAGGGGGUGCGGUACUUUGUGGACCACAACACCCGCACCACCACCUUUAAGGAUCCUCGCCCAGGGUUUGAGUCAGGGACGAAGCAAGGUUCCCCUGGUGCCUAUGAUCGAAGUUUUCGAUGGAAGUAUCACCAGUUCCGUUUCCUCUGCCAUUCAAAUGCUCUGCCAAGCCAUGUGAAGAUCAACGUUUCCAGACAGACACUAUUUGAGGAUUCUUUCCAACAGAUCAUGAAUAUGAAGCCGUAUGAUCUGCGUCGCCGGCUCUACAUCAUCAUGCGUGGUGAGGAGGGCCUGGACUACGGGGGCAUCGCCAGGGAGUGGUUUUUCCUCCUGUCUCACGAGGUGCUCAACCCCAUGUAUUGCCUGUUUGAAUACGCUGGGAAGAACAAUUACUGCCUGCAGAUCAACCCGGCCUCCUCCAUCAACCCUGACCACCUCACCUACUUCCGCUUUAUUGGCAGAUUCAUCGCCAUGGCUCUGUACCAUGGGAAGUUCAUCGACACGGGCUUCACACUCCCUUUCUACAAGCGGAUGCUAAACAAGAGACCCACUCUGAAGGACUUGGAAUCCAUUGACCCUGAGUUCUACAACUCCAUUGUGUGGAUCAAAGAGAACAACCUGGAGGAGUGUGGCCUCGAGCUGUACUUCAUCCAGGACAUGGAGAUCCUGGGCAAGGUGACAACCCAUGAGCUGAAGGAAGGCGGUGAGAGCAUCCGCGUCACGGAGGAGAACAAGGAGGAGUACAUCAUGUUGCUGACUGACUGGCGCUUCACACGAGGCGUGGAAGAGCAGACCAAAGCCUUCCUGGAUGGCUUCAACGAGGUGGCCCCACUUGAGUGGCUGCGCUACUUUGACGAGAAGGAGCUAGAGCUGAUGCUGUGCGGCAUGCAGGAGAUAGACCUGAGUGACUGGCAGAAGAACACCAUCUACCGGCAUUACACCAAGAACAGCAAGCAGAUCCAGUGGUUCUGGCAGGUGGUGAAGGAGAUGGACAAUGAGAAGAGAAUCCGGCUGCUGCAGUUUGUGACUGGAACCUGCCGCCUGCCUGUUGGGGGGUUUGCUGAGCUCAUCGGCAGCAAUGGACCACAGAAGUUUUGCAUUGACAAGGUUGGCAAGGAGACCUGGCUGCCCAGAAGCCACACCUGUUUCAACCGCCUGGAUCUCCCACCCUACAAGAGCUAUGAACAGCUGAAAGAGAAGCUGCUGUAUGCCAUCGAGGAAACCGAGGGCUUCGGACAGGAGUAAUGAGGUCAUCGCCCCGCACCCCAGCACCCAUAGUCCUACGUCCUCCCUGCUUGAGAGGCCACAGGCUAUGCAGCCUUGGGAGGUCCCCUGGACGGUGGCCCUGCGUGGGACCAUAUUGUCAUCAAGCUGGUGGCAGAAGAGUCUGAUCCCAGGAGGCCCUGCAGCCCCCCACCUGCAGGUGGCAGUCUAGAAUAAAGUCCCCAGUCACCUUUGGCCCCACCACCCGUUGUGAAGUCCAGAGGGCUUGACCCUCUCUGCAAAGCUCUCCCCAUCCCCUGAGCCCACCCUGGGUGUGCGUGAGGGUGUGAGGGAGGGUUUCGCCUCCCAAAGGGCUGCAGCUGAAGCUCUGGGCCUCGCAGGUUGGUUAGGAGAAGGAGAAUGGCCACUUGGGUAGCCAUUCUGGACCGAAAAGGCCAAGGGUCUUCACCAGUAAAAGAGGUUCUGUCUUAAAAAGAACUUUUCCAAUGAUCUAUAUAAAAUGAAGGUGUGAGAGUGAGGACUCUGGAUCGAGGCCGUUUUUACCUCCUUCCCUGGCAGGCUCCAGCCGGGGAGGCAGAGCAGCGGGACUCAGUGCUGGCCAGUUCACUUUCUCAGCAAACCAAGUGCUGUCCAGGCUGCCUGGGUAUCAGUGGAUUGGACACAGCAAACUCCCUCAGACUUUCUUCGUUCAUUCAUAAACUUGAAGCGUUUGUGUGUAGGGUUGCUUUCUGGUUUUUUGGUGUGCUGCUUUCACUUUCUGUCAAGGAGCUUGUGCCCCGGGUAUUCCGGGACCUUGAGGGACCCAGUGCUGUGGGUCCAAGAGUUUCCCAAGCAGCCACUCCUCUCAGGAACCCACUUAGCCGUUCUGUGAGCUCAGGUGUGCCUGGCCUGGUUAUCCUCACAGUGGUCUAGUCCCUGAGCUUGGCAGAAAGGAAGGGCUUGGUAUCCUGAGCAAUGCUACCAACCUUGCUGCCUUCGAUAGAGAAGAAGCCCCUUUGUUAGAUGCAGUCACCCCGGCAUCCCUGGCCUUGGGUGCGCUGUGGGUCUGACUCUGUCUCCCUGCUAGCCCCUGCAGCUCCCCAUGGGUCUGUGGUCCCCUGUUUAGAAUGAAGUGCAUCCUGGCCGGUUGACAGGUUCUCCUGCAUCAGUGUGUGGCUUUAUUUGCAUGCAGGAGAUGAGACCCAGUGGAAGGGCCCCGAGCUGCUGCAGGGCCUGACUUGAUUUUUGGAGUUUCCAGCAGCUUCCAACGUGCGUCACCAUGUUGUUCAUUGAAAUCUGCAAGGUGAACGUGUUCCCGUGGGAGUUGUGAUCAUAGUAGAACCCCUGGCCAGGCCUCUAGAGUUCUAGUGCUCAGCACCAGCUGCAUACCAGCUUCCUAGAACCCCCAACAGGCCCUCAGGCUGGUCACAAGAGCCUUCUGAAGAAAGCCUCAUGUACCCAGACCUUAUCCUUCCAUGGCCCAUGGGGGUACAGCCUGUGCCCACCUGUUGUGUGUUGGUCCAAGUGGCCCAGCUUGCUGCAGCUCAGCCUUUUCUGUCCCUCCCGUCACUUGCUGUGCCCCCUGUGGCAUGUCACCUUGCAGGCCGCUCUGUCAAGUGGGCUGGGGUGCAAACUGUGGUGCGAGGUUUAGAAGUGUGGGGUUUGCGGUGUUCAUGUGUGUCUGUGUGUGUGAGAGUAUAUGCGUGUAUAUAACUGAAGUGUUAUGUACAGAGUGCCCUCUGGUAGCACUGGGUUGGUCACCAGAUUGUUUUGUAAUGCCCACUCCCACCUUGAUAUUGCCAGUUUCUUGUGCAAUAAAUGGUCAGCAGUUG